UCGAUGGAAAGGCCGCACGUAGUGAUGCUUUCAGCUCCUGGCCAAGGCCACAUAAAUCCCAUGCUCAAACUAGCUGAUAUCCUCCACUCCAAAGGCUUCUUCAUCACGUUCGUCACCACCGACCACACCCAUCAAAAAGUACUCGCAUCUCAAGGCCCUGAUGCUCUUCAAGGCUUCGUAGGUUUUCGAUUCGAGAUUAUCCCCGACGGAGUUUCGUUACCUAGUUCAGGAAGCCAAGAGCAUGUUGUUAAGUGGUGCUUGGUGACGUACGAGAAUUGUGUUGCGCCCUUUAAGGAUCUCUUGAUGAGGCUCAAUAACUCAACAGGUGUGCCUAAAAUUACCUGCGUUGUGUAUAAUUGGCUAAUGACCUUCGCUCUACAUGUUGCUGAGGAGUUGAGAAUUCCUGCGUUUGUGUUUAUGACGAUGAGCGCUUGUGGUUUCAUUGGCUCGCUCUACUUAGACGAUCUCAUUCAAAGAGGUUACACCCCCUUAAAAGAUGAGAGCCAGUUAACAAAUGGAUAUCUGGACACACCUGUUGAUUUCCUUCCGGGACUGAAAGACAUCCGACUGAGAGACCUCCCUAGCUUCAUCAGAACAGUUGACGCCGACGGUCUCAUUUUCAAAUUCGGCAAGGUUGCAUCAGAAAAAUGUCUAGAAGCUAAAGGCUUGAUACUCAACACCUUUGACUUAUUGGAGACUGAUGUCUUAAACGUCCUGAAUUCUAUGUUUCAGAAGGUAUACACUAUAGGUCCUUUACUUAGCCAUAUUGUAACCGGUCCUACUAAAUCUCUGUGCUUAAACCUUUGGAAAGAAGAAGAUCAUGGUUACAUGGAAUGGCUAGAUCAACAAAGACCAAGUUCAGUGAUCUAUGUCAACUUUGGGAGUCUGAUUACAAUUACAACCGAAGAAUUGAUCGAGUUUGCUUGGGGCCUUGCAAAUAGCAACCAUCCAUUUUUGUGGGUAAUUAGGCCUGACCUUGUGGAAGGACAUUGUGACAUAUUGCCUAAAGGUUUCAUUGACAAAACCAAGGAUAGGAGCUACUUAUUGAGUUGGUGCGCACAAGAGGAAGUCAUCUCACAUAAUUCUAUUGGCGGCUUCUUAACACACUGUGGAUGGAAUUCAACUCUAGAGAGCGUCAAUAGUGGUGUGCCGAUGAUUUGUUGGCCAAGGUUUGAUGAUCAAUGCACGAAUGCUCGAUACAUUUGUAAGCAAUGGGGAACUGGCAUAGAGAUAGAUGAAGAUGUGCAGAGAGAGCAAGUUACUGGCAAAUUGAAGGAACUGAUGGAAGGUGAUAAAGGGAAGGAAAUGAGAAAGAAUGUUAUACAUUGGAAGCAGAGAGCUAAAAGUGCAACUAUACAAGGGGGGUCAUCUUAUGAGAACAUUGUUAGAUUGACCAUGGACAUCACAAGGAUCUUCUCCUAAAAAUGCCAUUAUGCAAAUAUAUGA